AUGUUAAUACUUUAUGGACCUAACCGAGCUGAUGGAGAGAAAUCUGGAACUUUAAAAGAGAUAAGAAAACAAAAGUCAUUGGUCACUAAUGAAGACUUUGUUGAAACUAUUCAAGAUAUUGAUGACCAUGUUGUUCGAAAUGAGGUGAAUUUGGAAAUCUUUGAUGUUACUUACGAUUUUUCUGUACCCGAAACACAAUCACCAUAUCCUUUAAGUGGAAGUAAAAGGAAGAAAAUAAAAGUGAUUAAAAACAAACAUACAAACAACGAUAUUACUGAACUCCAAGAAUCAAUUGUCUUGGUUGUAAAUGCACUAACAGAAAGAAAUGCUGCAAUACGAGAAGGAAAUGAAAUAAUGAGAGAGCGUCAAAAAUAUGAGUUGUCUCCAAUUUCAUGGGAAGAAAUUUGGAAUUUAAUAAAUGAGUUUGGAUGUGAUGCAAAGUCUUUGCCGCAUAUAUAUUGCACUAUCAUGAAAGAGACCGAUAAACUUAGGAUGAUUCUCCUGUGUCCACCUGAAGCAUGCAAAGCAGUGAUAAUGCAAAUGGUCUUUGGCUCAUCUGAUUGA